AUAUGCUCACCCUGCAGCGACAACUACAUACCAAACCACUCAGUCUCAAGUUCUCAUUGACUACCCAGCUCGCUUAUCACACAAAACCGAACAAAUCCCCUUUGAAUAUCUUCGUCCUCCAGACUUAUUUUCCAGAAUGUCUUCUUACGUUGUUGUAGGAGCAUCGCGUGGCCUGGGUUUUGAAUACCUUAGGCAACUUUCUGAAAACCCCGAAAAUAUUGUCGUCGGUCUCGUCCGAAAUGUGCAAGCCACCAGAGACAAGGUUGCUGCUGAGAUCGAUCGACCCAAUGUCCAUAUUUUCUAUAGCGACCUGAGCGACUACAAGACACUCCCUGGAGCUGUGGAAGAGACCUCCAAGGUCACUGGCGGCAAGCUGGAUGUCCUCAUUGCCAACGCGGCCGUUGGCGGUGACUACUUUGAUCUAACGCUGAGCGAACUUGGAAGCGACCCUGAGAAGCUUGAAAAAGACUUGACGGAUUGUUUCCGUCUCAACGUUGUCGCGCAAGCCCACGCGGUCAAUGCCUUCAUGCCUCUCGUCUUGCUGGGCAAGACCAAGAAGGUGAUCGUGAUGACGACUGGCAUGGCUGACGUGGACUUGGUGAGAAAAUACGAUCUCUGGAUGGGCGUGGGCUACUGUGCGUCGAAAGCAGCCCUUAACAUGAUCAUCGCCAAGUUCAGUGCCGAGUACCGCGAAAAGGGAGUCCUGUUUCUGGGCAUCUCCCCAGGCGUGGUCGAUACAAGUGCAAGCGACACCAACGGCGCAAAGGAUGCCGUGAAUCGCGCUUCGUCCGCGCUGGGCGCGAAGCUGCUCGAAUACGAACCAGAGUGGAAGGGCCCUAUUCAAACGGAGGAGUCAAUCAAGAAGAUCCUGUCCGUGACUGACAAGGCGACUGCUGAGGAUGGCAACGCUGGCGAUUUCGUAUCUCACUUGGGUAACAAGAGGUGGGUGUAA